CGGCGGCUUCGGAGGAGCCAAUAGGAGCCGGCAAGGGGCGGAGCUUGCUGCCGGGCCUCAAGUCCAGGGGCCCGCGAAUUGGUAAACAAGCUCCGCACCUCGUGGUGCCACGGGGUGGUUGCUGCGGAGGCAAGCGGAGCAGGGAGCGGCAACGGGGCAUACGCUGUGUGGGGUGAGCACUGGAGGUGGCUGGUCAUGGCAGGUGAUGCCAUCAUGGUGAUGCGGGGGCUAGCAAAGCUCAGCAAAGCAGUCCUAGAAACACAAGCAGGACAGAUUCGGCAAGUCGUCUUUGGUGGUGAUGCAGCAACCAUAGCCCGAAGCUUUCAGGCCACUGCUGAGGAACAGUUCAGUGCUGCCAUGGGAAAAAUGCAGGAUCUGGGCAAACAGCAGGAGAACUGGAAGGAUCUUGAUGAGGACUUUGGAAAAGAGUUUUCAGAAUCAGAGUUGGGGGGUGCUCCAACGGACUUCUCCCAUCCUCCUCAAGACCAGCCUCCUAAGCAGAGCAGCACAGAGGGCCCCUCGUACUCCUAUGUUGCCAACGGACCUUUUCCAAAUGCCAGUGAGACUGGAGACUCCAGGUCUAGUCAGAAUCCCAUCUCUGCCAAAGUGAACGCAAAGCUUUUUGCAGGCUUUAGGGACCCUGGGAAUCCUUUUGCUGCUACCUAUGGGCAAAGCCGGGCUUUUCACCAAGAUCAUUCCCCUGUCAGUGGACUAACAGCUGAAGACAUUGAUAAAGCCAGGCAAACCAAAGUGGAUCCACAGCACAAGCCACAUAAACAGAUGCUCAGUGAGCGUGCCCGAGAGCGGAAGGUGCCAGUUACACGAAUUGGGAGGCUUGCUAACUUUGGAGGUUUAGCAGUUGGCCUUGGCAUUGGAGCAUUGGCAGAAGUUGCAAAGAAGAGCCUUAGAUCUGAAGAGCGCAAUGGAAAGAAGGCUGUUACGGAUUCCAGCCCCUUCUUGUCAGAGGCCAAUGCAGAAAGGAUAGUGAGAACUCUGUGCAAGGUUCGAGGAGCUGCGCUGAAGCUGGGACAGAUGCUGAGUAUUCAAGAUGAUGCCUUCAUUAACCCUCACCUGCAGAAGAUUUUUGAACGUGUCCGGCAGAGUGCUGACUUCAUGCCUUUGAAGCAAAUGAUGAAAACUUUGAACAAUGACCUUGGCCCAAACUGGCGUGAUAAGCUUGAUUUUUUUGAGGAGCGCCCCUUUGCUGCAGCUUCAAUUGGACAGGUUCAUCUGGCUCGCUUGAAAAAUGGCACAGAAGUUGCCAUGAAAAUCCAGUAUCCUGGAGUAGCCCAGAGCAUCAAUAGCGAUGUCAGCAAUCUGAUGACAGUCCUGAGUAUGAGCAAUGUUCUCCCAGAAGGUCUCUUCCCUGAACAUCUGAUUGAAGUUCUGAGCAGAGAACUGGCCCUAGAAUGUGACUAUAAGAGAGAAGCUGCCUGUGCUAAGAAAUUCAGGGAGCUGCUCAAGGACCACCCCUUCUUCUAUGUCCCUGCUGUGGUGGAUGAGCUGUGCACCCAACAUGUCCUGACAACAGAACUGGUGUCGGGGUUUCCUCUGGAUCAAGCUGAAGAACUGAGCCAGGAGAUUCGGAAUGAGAUUUGUCACAACAUACUGGUUCUGUGCCUGCGGGAGCUGUUUGAAUUCAGAUACAUGCAGACUGAUCCAAACUGGUCUAACUUUUUCUAUGACCCAGAAUUGCACAAGGUGGCACUUCUGGAUUUUGGAGCAACCCGAGGUUUUGAUCAGGAAUUCACAGAUGUCUACAUAGAGUUAAUCAAAUCAGCCGCUGACUUGGACAGAGAGAAAGUGCUGAAGAAAUCAAUAGAAAUGAAAUUUCUAACUGGCUAUGAAGUCAAGACCAUGGAAGAUGCCCACUUGGAUGCUGUCCUCAUCCUUGGAGAAGCUUUUGCAUCCAGUGAACCUUUUGACUUUGGCGCCCAAAACACCACUGAGAAGAUCCAUGGCUUAAUCCCAGUCAUGCUGAAGCACAGGCUCAUCCCGCCACCAGAGGAGACCUACUCCCUCCAUCGGAAAAUGGGAGGCUCCUUCCUCAUAUGCUCCAAACUGAAGGCCAAAAUUCCGUGCAAAAACAUGUUUCAGGAAGCCUAUAGUAACUACUGGAGUGGAAGGUCCAAGAAGGAGCAGUAGCAGAGGCGAACUGCUGAAUGUGUGCUUUUAUGGCCAUUCAUCCAGGUUCUAGUAAACCACAGUACAGUUUCUUCUGUCAACCCCCAGAAUUGCAUCCAAAGUGCAGCAGCCUGUCUCCUGGAAACAGAAUCUCUGGUCUUAAGGCAAUGUUGUUCUUUUGGUGGGCCAUCUUCUACACAUAACAUUCUCGUUAGAUUAUCUGUACAGCCUCUGAUUCACAAGAAAUUGUAGGGAAGGCUAGGCAGCUGUAUUUCUUAUCGUCCAAGGUAUUGGCUGUCUUUUCAUAUUUCAUUACUGAUAGCUGAGUAACAAUUUAACAGUUUUUUAAAACAAGGGGUGGAAGAAAGAACCAAAAUGAAUUGGCAUUGAAAUCUAUUUGUAAUUCUCCCAAUGUUUUUUGUGGGGUCUUUCCCUUUUAAAAGAGAUUACAUUCUCUCCCCACAUAUCACUGCUAAGGUUGAAUAUAAAUGGUUUCAUACUGUGAAGUAUAGAUUGCCAACCUAACUCACAAGAGAACCCUAUUUUUGUAUGACAUUGAGUGGGCAUCUAUGAUGGUUGGGAUCUUCCUGAUGGAGUGGUGUAAGAUGUGUACAUAGACUAUUUUAUGCCUUCAUUCUCUAGUUUUCAAAGUGUAACAAGGAAAGCAACGGUUUUACAGAACCUGAUACAAGUGGUGCAGUGGUGUACUUAGAACACCCUAGCUUGAAAUUAAGCUGCUUUUCUCAUUCUCUGAGCUGAAUGUAUAAGCAUAGAGAAAGUAGUUAAUGGGGGAAUCACAUUAAAUGGAGAAUUAGAGAAACCAAAGCUCUCAUGGUGGCAUUUAUAGAAGUCCAGCAAUGAAGCUACACUUUCUCAUCUUUUCAAUGCUACUUUUGAUGGAAGUGGGGGGGGGGGGAACACACAUACUCUGGGCUUCUUAAAACAGUAUCGGAGGCAUUUCAAGGGUUUUUUUUUGAAACGCAUACUAUGUCUAAUAGCUGAACGCACAACUUUAAGCAAUUGGAGGCAAGAUGGAAAUUUUUUUGUACAACAGUUGUAGCUGUAAAACUUCCAACUGAUUUCUAAUAAAGUGCUUGUGCAGAAGG